ACUUUAUGAUUAACGAAAAGACUGGUUGUACUGAACACAGUGCUCUUAGUGGCAUUUUCAGUGUGGUGUAUGAUGUCGAAAUAGUUUGAAAUAAUUCCAAACUUGUUUUUAGUUAUAUUUAAAAAACCGGUGUCGUGUUUAAAUAGAUGUGUCAAAUAUAGGAUAUCGAUAGAAAAACUUAUUAACUGCACUGGUUCAAUAAAAGGCACAACUACUUACUAAUUCAAGAUGUCUGUUUUUGGAAUGGUAUCAGCCGUAGCGGGCUUUGUCAAAGUCCGUUACCUUGUAGACAAAGCGUUGAUUGACAACAUGGUAUUUAGGGCACAUUAUAGAGUGACUUCAGCUAUAUUGUUUCUGUGUUGCAUAAUUGUUACCGCUAACAAUUUAAUUGGUGACCCAAUCCAAUGUAUAAACGACAGAGGAGUGCCCGGUCACGUUAUAAAUACGUUUUGUUGGAUAACGUAUACUUUUACGCUGCCCCACGAACAAGGAAAACGAAUUGGAACUGAAGUAGCCCAUCCGGGUCUAGGAAAUGAAAACCAGGAUAAAAAGUAUCACAGCUAUUACCAGUGGGUGCCAUUUGUUCUAUUUUUCCAGGGCGUUCUAUUCUACGUUCCUCAUUGGAUAUGGAAAAAUUGGGAACAAGGCAAAAUUCGCAUGAUCACAGAAGGUAUGCGAGGUUCCAUGGUAGGCGUAGGUGAAAAAGCGGAGAGAGAACAUAGACAAAAUAGAUUAGUACAAUAUUUAAUAGAAACGAUGCACAUGCAUACUUCCUAUGCAUUUGGAUAUUUCUUCUGUGAAGCUUUGAAUUUCGUCAACGUGAUGUUGAAUAUAUUUAUGACUGAUAAGUUCCUUGGUGGAGCAUUCCUCACUUAUGGUACUGACGUCGUUUCAUUCUCAAACAUGAACCAAGAAAAUCGCACGGAUCCUAUGGUAGCCAUUUUUCCAAGAGUGACAAAAUGUACUUUCCACAAAUUUGGUCCAUCUGGUACAAUUCAAACACAUGACGCUCUGUGUGUACUGGCGUUGAAUAUUCUUAACGAAAAAAUUUAUAUUUUCCUUUGGUUCUGGUUCAUCAUUUUGGCAAUACUCUCUGGUUUGGCUAUAGUGUACUCCGCCGCUGUCAUUUUACUGCCUAAUACUAGAGAAACAAUUUUGAAGAGGAGGUUCAGAUUGAAGAUACCAAAUGCCGUACAAACUAUAGUAAGAAAGACACAGGUUGGCGAUUUCCUCCUAAUUCAUUUAUUAGGCCAAAAUACCAACCAGUUAGUAUUUAGCGAUAUUUUGGAUGAAUUUGUAAGAAGACUUAGUUUUGGAACUGAUGUUUUACCUUCUGCUCCCAGCACAUUAGAAAUGAGUCCUAUUUAUCCCGAGAUUGGGAAAUAUAAGGAAACAGAAGCAUAGAGCUUUUUUGAAUAGUUAAAUAAACUAUACUGACAACGAAGUAAUUAUUUUUAGAUAUAGGAUUUAUGAUUGAAAUUUAUUAGUAAUGCAACUAUUUUUUAUUCGCCAUCCGUAAAUUGCAGAUCUCUGAUUCAUAUAUUCUUAUUUAGUAAUGUGAUUGUUGUGCUUAUUGCGUAUUUUUAUACACUUUUUAGGGACCAUUUUUAAUAUAUACAAUUUCAUUAAGUGACCUACUAUAUAUCUUUAACUAUUAAUUACAAUAUUUUAUUAAAUAUAGAUUUAGAGCCUUUCAAUAAAUAUUUUUACAACUUUAUACUAUAUUAUAUGUGUUGUCAAUUAUCCUCUAAACUCAAUUAAACAUUUGGGUAUAUUGCUAAUUA